AUUACAUACAACGUUAAGAAUUCAGUUUUCAGUCAAAAUUUUAGAUACAACACGACGUUAGAUAAGCGGGAUUCAAGUAUUUUUUUUGGUCUCUUGUCGUUGAUGCUGCGAAAUCUACGUACAAUCCACAAAUGCUGCUGACAAUUGAGAUAAGUAAAGGUGGUUGAAUCAUAGCUUUGAAGCAAUUUUAGUGUAUCUUAUCAGUGCAGAGCUGAAACCAGUACAGAAUCACGAUCAGCUUAAGUAAAUAUCAAUACUAAAAUUGAGCAACGCAGCACAGUGACACCGCAUUGAGAUUUCAUAAAGAAAAACAAGCAGCAUCUCUAUUGGUGUUUUCAGUCACAAACGAAUUUUAUAGUGCAUAAUGUAAUUAUUGAGAAUCCGGUAUCCGGUAACAAAAUAGUUCAUAAAAAUCAGUUAAUAAUUAAAAUAUACGAAGGUGCGGAAAGGUUUUGCAAAGCUUGAAUAAAACCAUUUAAAGCAAAAUGUGUAUACCGAAAGUCGUAGAAGGAGUUUUUAUACAACGUCUGGCGACAGUUUUCGGUAGUUUGCUGUGCUUGAAUUUUGGUGUCACAUUUGGCAUAACGCCAACACACACCCAACUCUACAGAAGCAUUGAGACGCCACUUAAUAGACCAAUAAGUUACUCACAAGGUGCCUGGAUUACCGGACAUCUCUUCUUAACUGCUGCUUGUGGAGCGCUUAUAUCUGGAUUUGCUGCACGUAAAAUUGGCGCAAAAGCAGUGUUGCUCAUUGCUGGUCUUCUACAGAUUACCGGCUGGUUUUGCAUACAUUUUGGCUAUGAUAUCUUGCACAUAUAUUCAUCGCGCAUGUUUGCCGGAGUGGCAGCUGGUGCGUCUUUUACUGUAUUGCCCAUAUACAUAAAUGAAAUAUCGGAACCUGUAAAUCGCGGACAAUUAAUGGUUACAAUGGAUGUUUUACGUGCGGUGGGCAUUAUUUUAGGCUUCCUAUUCGGCAUGUAUAUACCUUAUGACUUCGUGAAUAUUGUGGGUUUAGGCAUUUCAUUUGCAUUUGCUCUUGCAUUCCCCUUUAUGCAGGAGAGUCCAUACUAUUAUCAACGUAAUAAUAAUGUGUCUAAUAUGGAAAAAUCGUUACGUUGGUUCCGUGGUAUUAGGGAUUUUGAUAUGCGUGAGAAGCCAGAAUAUUUACAAGAAUUGGCCAUUUUUAAAGGAGUAAUACAGAACAAGAGAAUCGCCGAGAUGACUAUGCCACGUGCUUACGUCCUUAAACUUUUCUUGUACGCUAUUGUUCUUGCGAUCGGUACGAAUUUGAAUGGUGCACUUCUCUUUCUCACUUACGCACCGGAUAUACUAGAAAAGACCGAAAUACCACUCGAUCACAAUAUAUUAAUAUUAAUUUUGGCUGCUAUGCAAAUUGUUGGUGCACUUCUAACGUAUUUGAUUGGCGAGAAAAUUAAUCGUAAGAUUUUACUUUGCAUUACAGCAUUUUUAAGUGGUUGUUGCUUGGUAUCGGUGGCUGUGUUCCUCAUAUAUGGCGAUAAUUGGCAAAUAAACCCAAUAUAUGCUCCUUGGCUACCAUUUGGCUUGUUGGCUGCAUUUAUGGUAUUCACAAAUAUGGGACUUUAUCCGGUGACAACUACAAUGACAAUUGAACUUCUACCAGAGAGGUUAAAUUCAAAAAUUUUAAGCAUAUCAUCAUCGAUUUCCUGGUUUUUACUCUUUGGUGCGAUUGAGGCUUUUUAUCCUAUUACCAAACUAUUUGGUUUCACAACUUGGAUUUGGUUUUUCGUCGGGAUCAGUUCUCUACUUGUACUGUUUUCGUUGUUUAUACUACCGGAGACCCGUGGCAGGACAGCAGAAGAAAUUCAACAGCAAAUGGGUUAUGUGAAUAGUGGAAAUGUAGCCAGAAUCACAACGAUUACGCAUGGUCAUGUCAGUCAUGGUUAUAUUUAAUUAUGUUCAUCCUAUUGCAUUUGUCAUAAAAUACUAGCGUCAUUUUAAAGAGUUUGUUUGUAGAAGAUAUUUGUAAAUUGACAAUAAAACUUUAAAAAAAAUAAGUUAACUUUGGCUUUG